AUGUCGCGGGCGUCGCUGUCGCCGUCGUCGUCGGGCGACGAGGAGGACGACGACGACGAGGGGGUCGACGGGUACCGCAAGGGCGGAUACCACGCCGUGCGCCCUGGGGACCAGUUCUCCGCCGGACGCUACGUCACCCAGCGCAAACUCGGGUGGGGCAACUUCUCCACCGUCUGGCUCGCCUUCGACGUCGCGUCCCAGAAAUUUGUUGCUCUUAAGAUUCAGAAGAGUGCACCAGAGUUUGCUCAAGCUGCUCUUCAUGAAAUUGAGUUCCUCUCGGAGAUCACUAAGAGAGAUCCUUCAAACUGUAAAUGCACCAUCCAGUUGAUAGAUCACUUCAAGCAUGCAGGGCCAAAUGGGCAGCAUAUCUGCCUUGUCUUUGAAUUCCUUGGAGACAGCUUACUUAAGCUAGUACAGUACAACCGCUACAAAGGCAUUGGACUGGGUAGGGUGAAGGAAAUAUGCAGGUCCAUUUUGGUAGGUCUUGAUUACUUGCAUGGAGAGCUUGCAAUCAUCCAUUCAGAUUUGAAACUUGAAAAUGUCCUACUUGUUUCAACAAUUGAUCCCUCAAAGGAUCCCAUUCGCUCCGGACUUAAACCUAAUCUUGAGAAGCCUGAGGGGAAUCCUAAUGGAGAAGCUGUUCUUAACCCGAUUGAUAAGAAACUGAAGAUGAGAGCAAGGAGGGUGCUCGCAAAGCUUGCUGAGAAAAGAAAAUCAGCUGCAGAAUUUGCACGCUCAGAAAGAAGCUUGGAUGGGAUUGACAUGACAUGCAAGAUUGUAGAUUUUGGAAAUGCUUGUUGGGCUGACAAGCAAUUUACAGAUUUUAUUCAGACAAGGCAGUACCGGGCACCAGAGGUCAUUCUUGGUGCAGGAUACUCAUUUCCUGUUGAUAUGUGGUCGUUUGCUUGUAUUGCGUUUGAGCUCGCAACGGGCGAAAUGCUAUUUACGCCCAAGGAAGGGCAUGGGUACAGCGAAGAUGAGGAUCACUUGGCUUUAAUGAUGGAGGUCUUAGGAAAGAUGCCUAGAAAGAUUGCUACGAUGGGAACAAAAUCGAAGGAGUAUUUUGAUCGCCAUGGAGAUCUGAAGCGGAUAAGAAGACUGAAAUUCUCGUCUAUUGAACGUGUCCUAGUUGACAAAUAUAAAAUUCCUCAAUCAGAUGCUCGGGAAUUUGCUGAGUUUCUAUGCCCUUUACUUGAUUUUGCCCCAGAGAAGCGCCCGACAGCUGCACACUGUCUAAAGAAUAAAUGGCUUCAGCGUGAUGAUGGUAAGAAUGUUACCAACAUUGCUUCUAAGAGCAGUGAUGUAACAUGCAACUUCGGGAGCAUGCCUGACAGUUGUGCCCAAAGAAUUGAUGCAAAGGGGAACACUAAAAGCAGUAUCAACAGUAACACUGAGAAUGCUGAUGUGGUACGACCCACUGAAAGGAUUUCCAACAGCAAUGCCAAAAGCACUUGUGUAAAUCCCAACACUGGAACAAUCAUGUAUAAGGAUGGAAACAACUCUGAUGUAAAGCCCCACUCUGGUAGCAUCAUCACAAACAAAAAUGCCAAAAGCUCCGAUGAAAAGCCUUUCACUGGAAGCAUCUCCAACAAAGAUGACAAAACAGUUGAUACAAAGCCCAUCACUUGGAGCAGCACCAGCACUGACGACAAGAGCGUUGACACAAAGAGCAGCAUUGGAAGCGUUACCAACAGAGAUGCAAAGAGCAUUGAAGGGAAGCGAAACAUUCGAAGCGUUGUAAACAGUUAUAUGAAGAAUUUUGAUGCAAAGCGGAACACUGGAAGCAUAGCCAAUAGCGAAGUCAAGGACUUGGAUGUUAAGCCCAGCAGUGGAGAUAUUGUCAGUGUUGAUACCAACAGUACUAGUGCAAAGCCCAACACUGGAAGUGUUGAAAACAGUGAUGUCACGGGUACUAUUUUGAUGGCGAACACAGGCCCUGCCAACAGCGGUGCCAAGUUACAGACUAACACUGACAGUGUUGAUGAGGAUGACACAGAUUCGAAGCCCAAUGUUGGACGUGUUGCGGCAAGCAUACAGAGGCUGGAGAGCAGCAUGAGUAAGGUACAAAUCGGGAGAUAUCGAUGA